AUGUUUCUUCCUCCUAUUCACUGCAAGAAGCCGUACACAGCACGAGAUCGGGUGCUAUUCUACUCCCCCACAAUACAACUACAACCUCCAGCGCCCAUCAGAGGUCUUUCGUGCAAUGUCCACCAAGGUUACCAUGACCCUCCACGUCCAGUGACUCAGAAAUACAGCCCCGCGGAAAUACAUGAUUGCAAUGGAGUUACAACGCUACUUGCAGGAAACAAGUACCUACUGAGUUAUGGUGAUAAGGCGCUUACAGGGCCUUACGAGCUGCGCAAAAAAGGACUGCAUCCAUGUGACCACUGGCCUGGGCCGGUGCCCCAGAAGCCAGAAUAUGUAAGAACAAAGCAACCGCUUGCAAUUCAUAGCGUAAGGAUUGCAAUCACCCAAACGCCCACUCACAACGUUGAACACGAAACGCUACGGCCCAAGCCAAUCCGGCUGAUUCCCCAAUAUGAGGAACUUAAGACAAGGCAGUACAAAAGCAAGGGAGCAGAGUUCACUGAGGAGUGGGGCUAA